AUGUUAUACGUACCUAGACUGGCAUAUCAUAUGUUGGGUUCGGUCCUGCGAACAAUUUUCAUCCCGAUCCCGAUAAUAAAUAAGUCACAUGACAAACUUGAGUUGCGUAAAUUAGUCACACAAUCAAUUUUGUGUGUGAACGUUCAAAACAUGUUCCAGUACCUGGUACUUUUAUUGCUUUUUGGUCUUACCUAUUCAGAUAAUGCCAUACCAGAACAGAUACAUCUCUCCUAUGGCCGAGAUUCAACACAGAUGUAUGUUACAUGGAGCACAAUGAAUGUUACCCAGAAUGCUACCUGUCUAUAUGGAGUAGCGACCCUCUCUCAAAAGGUCAAAGGCAGUACAACAAAGUUUGUGGAUGGAGGCCCAGAGCAGCACACCCAGUACAUACACAGAGUCCUGUUGACAAAUCUGCAGCCUGGCAAGAAGCACAUGUAUCAAUGUGGAAAUGGGAAAACCUUCAGUAAAGUGUUCACCUUUAAAGCUCUUCCCAUGGGUUCUGAUAUAGGAGUACGUGUAGCUCUGUUUGGAGACAUGGGAAGUGUAAAUGCACAGUCUUUACCGAGGCUCCUUAAAGAUGUUCAAAAUGAUAUGUAUGAUGCCAUUUUCCAUGUUGGUGAUUUUGCUUAUGAUAUGGACUCUGACAAUGGCAAAAAUGGUGAUGUAUUUCUACGAGCGAUUGAACCAAUAGCUGCAUCUGUUCCAUAUAUGACUUGCCCUGGAAACCAUGAAAACAAAUACAACUUUUCAAACUACAAGAACAGGUUUACUAUGCCAGGAGAUGAGCAGAGAAAUCUAAUGUAUUACAGCUUUAACAUGGGACCUAUGCAUGUCAUUUCCAUUAGCACCGAGUAUUUCUUCUUCAUCAAUUAUGGAAUCAUGCAGCCUAUCCACAUGUAUGAAUGGCUAGAGAAGGAUCUCCAGGAAGCCAGCAAACCUGAAAACCGAGCCAAGCAGCCCUGGAUCAUGGCCAUGGGACACAGGCCAAUGUACUGCUCCAAUAAUGACCAUGAUGACUGUACCCACCAUGAAUCACUGGUGCGUAUAGGGAUUCCUUUCAUUCAUGUCCUUGGUAUGGAGAAAGUCAUGUACAAGUACGGGGUGGACAUCAUGUUCUGGGCGCAUGAACACUCUUAUGAACGCCUCUGGCCGGUAUACAACAGAAAAGUUUACAAUGGAAGUUUAGCAGCACCAUACACAAACCCAAAGGCACCGGUGCAUGUCAUUACAGGAUCUGCGGGAUGCAGUGAGAAGCAUGAUCCUUUCCGAAACAAUACAGCCGAGUGGUCUGCCUUUAGGAGUACAGAUUAUGGCUACACUCGUAUGAAUGUGUACAAUGCUACUCAUUUGUAUGUGGAACAGGUGUCAGAUGAUAAGGAUGGAAAAAUUAUAGAUAGUUUUAUGCUGAUCAAAGAUAAACAUGGACCAUACGUAUAAACCUUUACCCAUUUAACACAGUCAAGCAAACAGAUGAAACAUUCACAUUGUUAUUCAGAUAGAUUUUAGAGAUUCAAAGGAGAUUAUGGCUGUGAUAAGGGCAUUUGUUGCCAUAUAGAUAUCACUUCUUAUGAAAUAUUUGCAAUGUUAGUUAUUUUGUACUUUUUGAACUUUUCAUUGCAAGUCUGGAGAUUUCACACAUUCCACUGCAGUGUGUUUAAUAUGUAUAUCAUAUAUGUCUCAUUUACAAUUUCUGAUGUGUAGAUUUUGAUAAGAAAGUCAUAAACGAUAGGUGUCAUAGAUCGGGGUUGAUAUAGAUCAAUGGUCACAUUUCUAGACAGUCUUUCAGUAAAAUGUCAGAUCCUGUAAUGAAAUUAAAUGUCAUGAUUUAUGUUUCAGAUUUAUAAGUGGGGAUGUUACCUAUGAGAAAAAAUUACAAUCAUGGAAAAAGCACUUUUGGCAGAGAUAGAUACGUGUCACUUCCUGUAGAAAUGUCUGUCUGACCCCUUAUACUGACCCCUCUCUUGGGUAAACACAUUGAUAUUUUCCUCUCAUAUUAUAUUUGCUCUGAAAUAUAUCCUGCUUAGUACAUUUGUAUUAUUCAUGUCUGCUUUGUUAAUCCAGAAAAAAAAUCACCCCAAUUAUAGGAGGUAUUUGUUCAUUCAGAAAUGGAGAAUGUUAUUUCCUGGAUUUACAAUUCUCAUAUAUACAAUUAAAGGCCAAGUUAAAUGUACAAUAGAUAAGGAAUUGUAAAUCCAGCAGAUCACUGUAUCUCCAUCAACUUGUUUGUUACUUAAGUCCAUCAACUUGUUUGUUACUUAAGUCCAACUUGUUUAUACUUAAGACACCCUAAAUUUAUGCAAGAGUUUUCUUCCAUAUUGAUCCUGCAGUGUUAAUUAUUUCAUAAUGUUUUUUGUCAAUGAUUUUCUGCUAAGCAUGUAACUUAAAUUGAAGCUUUUGUACAGUUUUGUUGAUUUGUAUGAAAUUUUUGAAAAUAGACAGGGAAUGAUGAAUGAUACAGUAUUACAGUA